CCACCACACUCUUCCCCUCGCUCACACCGGUAGUUGUCAUGGCGAUGGAGUCAGCCACGGCGUCGGCUCCAGGGGUUGUUGCCAUGGAGAUCCCGGUGCGAGGUGCGCUCCCGGUGGUUGAGGAAGACGAGGGCUACAGCGCUCCGCCGCCGCCGGGGUCCGAGGAGCCACUACGGUACCGCCGAGGAGGAGGGAGACGGCGGCGCGGGGUGCCGUUCAACCGGGGCUCCUACUACAUGCUGAUAGUGAUCGGGGAGAUCGGCACGGAGCACCAGCUGGACACCGCCAGAGCGCAGAUAGAGCGGGGAAUUCGAUCCUGGGACGUCGACCUCAAGUGCUGCGACCUUGAUCAGCAGCUGCAGCUGUUUAUAACUCGUCACUCCGCCCACUUCUCCUCCGAGGUCAGAGGACAAAGAACUCUCCACCACAGAAGUGAUGCCCUAGAGACUGUGGUGCUCGUCAACCCUUCAGAAGACACCAUUGUAUCAGAGAUCCAGUCUCUAGUCACAGACUCAGCAGGACACAAGCUUCUGGUCUUGAGUGGUCAGAGCUCAGAUCACGGCGGCCUUCUUCUUCAAACUGGGGUUUUCACCUACCAGACCUUUUCACGAGUCUUUACUGAUCCUGGGGUCAGUGAAUUACUGGGCACAACAGCCCCCAAGCAGCAGGCAACACUUACUGUGUCCUGCCGCGGGGAGGUGGGCUGGAGCUCCCUGGGACAGCAGCAGAUCCUGCGGGAGUUCCUGGAAUACAGACUAAACCCUGAGUCUGUUCUUCCCAAGAUGGAAGGCGUCACAGAGUUCACAGAGUACAUCUCUGAGACGGUUGACGUCCCUUCACCUUUUGACCUCCUGGAGCCACCCACAUCCGGAGGCUUCCUGAAACUGUCCAAGCCUUGUUGCUACAUCUUUCCCGGCGGACGAGGAGACUCUGCUCUCUUUGCUGUGAACGGCUUCAACAUCUUAGUGGACGGAGGCUCUGAACGAAAAUCAUGCUUCUGGAAGCUGGUUCGUCACUUGGACCGCAUCGACUCGAUCCUGCUCACACACAUCGGCGCUGACAAUCUCCCAGGUAUCAAUGGGCUGCUUCAGAGGAAGAUAGCAGAACAGGAGGAGGAGCAGUCCCAAGGCUCCACCAACUACAGCGACUGGAUGAAGAACCUGAUCUCUCCUGAACUAGGCGUGGUAUUCUUCAAUGUGCCAGAGAAGCUACGUAUGCCAGAAUCUAAUCUUAAAGUGAAGCGCAGCAUUGAAGAGGCCUCGCUGACUUUGCAGUACCUUAACAAACUAGGAAUCAAACCUGAACCACUUUUUCGAGUGGUCAGCAACACCAUUGAGCCCAUUACUCUGUUCCACAAGAUGGGUGUGGGCAGGUUAGACAUGUAUAUUCUUAAUCCUGUCAAAGACAGUAAAGAAAUGCAGUUUUUAAUGCAGAAGUGGGCUGGCAACAGCAAGGCCAAAACUGGUAUUGUGCUGCCCAACGGGAAAGAAGGAGAAAUAUCUGUACCCUACCUGACAUCAGUUACAGCCUUAGUCGUCUGGCUUCCUGCCAACCCUGCAGAAAAGAUCAUCAGAGUGCUGUUCCCUGGGAAUGCACCACAAAACAAGAUCCUAGAGGGGCUGGAAAAAUUAAAGCACCUUGACUUCUUGCGCUAUCCUGUAGCCACACAAAAGGACAUUGCCUCCGGAGCUCCUCCCUCUGUUAUAAAACAAACCAAGUUAAAGCAAAGAACAGACAGCAAAGAGAGUCUCAAGUCGUCCCCGAAGACUACUGCAAAGACCUCAAAGAAAGAGACUGAAGGACAAGAUGAUGUGUCAGCCGCCACAGAGGCAAAGAGUGACUCUGUCAAGGAAAAUAUCUUGGAGAAAAAAGAGGAGAAAAAGCCCACUAAAACUAUAAAAUCUAAAAGUGAUGUGCCAGAAAAGAAGAAACUCCUGAAGGAAAAAUCCUUAAAAAAGCACCCAAAGGAGAGAGUGUCAAAAAUGGAUGAGAAAAAGGACAAGGAAAAGAAAGAGAUCAAGAAAGUAAAGAAGGAUGACUCCGUUAAAAAGGAUGAAAAGAAAGAUGUUAAGUCCAAAGAGGACAAAAAGAAGGACACAUCCAAACCAGAGCUGAGAAAAAUUACAAAGCCUGACCUGAAACCGCUCACACCAGAAGUCAGAAAGACAUUACACAAAGCUAAAGUGUCAAGUAAAGCAAAGACUGGAAAAAUCAAAGCAGCAAAGGCUUUACCUGCUGAGCCGAAGCCUGAGGAGCCGAAACCUGAAACUAUUCAACCUGAACCAGUAGAGAAUGGAGCUGUUGAGGGCACGUCUGUUCCCUCAACCCCAGAAGACCUCACCAAGGAUUAUGAAGAUAUGAAAAAAGCUGAAGUUGUAGCUGUAUCAGCAGAGCCUCAAGACAGUAAUGAGCUGACAGCACAAAGCCUUACCCAAGAGAAGGAGGCAGCACAAGAAACCACAUCUGAAAUUCCACCUGGCACACAGUCUCCAGAAAAGGAGGCAGCAGUCCCAGAAGAAGCUGAAGUUGAAGACAAAGACCAGGUGUUGACACAAGAGAGAGAAAUGGAAGAGGCUCAGAAGUUUGAGGAUGAAGGAGCAGCAACUCAGGAUGAGGAGGAGGAAGAGGAGGAAGAAGAGCCCCCUGCUGCCGCGAAGAAAACAGAAGAGGAGGAGGAAGAAGAUAUGGGAAUAGGUGAAGAGGUGGAUGAAUCAAAGGAGGCAAAGGAUGAUGGGCUUGACAGGAAACACGAGAUAGAGGAAAUGGAGAAAUCUGAAAUUCUCGCAGCUAAGGUUGUGGCAAAAGAGGAGCUACAAAUGAUUCCAUCUAAAGCCGAGGAGGAGGAAGAAGAGGAGGAGGCAGUGGAGAAAGCCGAACUGGAGGAAGUGGAAGAUUUAGACGUAAUAGCAGACGAAGAGAUCAAACCCAAAGAUGCAGCUGAAGAAGAAAUCGUCACUGAAAGCAAAACUACUGAAAUCCCGACUGGAGCUGAAGAAGAGGAAGAGGAGGAGGGCUACCUGUCACAUGUUGCAGGGGCCACAGCUCCCAUAACUUCCAUUGUUCAAGGAGCUGCUGCAGCUGAACCCAUCUCCUACAUCCAAGAUGAGACAAUACCUGGCUACUCUGAGACAGAGCAGACCAUCUCUGACGAGGAGAUUCACGAGGAGGCAGAGGAAAGGAUACCACACCUCCAGUACGACGUUGGUGCUUAUGACAUCUCCGUUCCAGAUCAGACCGGAUCAUUUGUAGACAUCCACGGCAUGAGGGAGAUGCAAGCUGCGGCUAUGACCGAGAAAACUUUCAUCCCAGGUGUGCAGGAGCAGGUGUCAGUUUUCACCAACAUCAUCACUGCUCCUCUGGCAGAGGAGGAGCAUGUCUCUUCUGCAACGUCCAUCACAGAGUAUGACAAAGUGUCCUCCUUCCCUACUUCUAUCGCCGAAGACCAAUCUGUGGCAUCUGUCGCAGCACCUCCAGCUGAGGAACCACCCAAAAGCCCUGUCACCCUGUCAACACCACCUGACGCCACCCAAGGCAAAGAACAGCCAACCUCUGCAGGAACACUUUCACCACCGUCUUUGGAAGAAGACAAACAAUCCAAGUCUCCAUCUGAUGACCUAACACUUCCUGUUACAGAAGUAAAGACGCCAGCUAAAGCUUCUGAAGCUCAGGAUGAGGGGGAACAAGAAGAGGAAGAGGAUGAAGACCAAACUCCUAAUGUUGACAUUUCACUUGAAAAACUUCAAGAGGGCUAUGCUUCAUCUCAGCUGUUACAGGGUAAAGAGACAGAUAUUGAAAAGCUUGCUGGCUCAGUGUCUCCAGUUUCUAUACAAGACACCAAACCAGUCCAUCUCCCUGUCGAAGAAGAAAACAUAGAUGCUAUUGCACCUAAAGAUACUUCAUCUGUUGUGCCUACUAGACCUUUCGGAUCAGACUCAGUAACUUCAGAGAGUGAAGAGCGCUGCUUCAGUCCGGAUGAUAUCACUGUGAAAAUGGCCUCCCCUCCACAGUCUGGACCGCCGAGUGCAGCUCACUCUCCUCUUCGUCAGUCACCAGUGGAAGACAAGAUGAAGGUCUUCCCCGAUUUAGAGCCUCAAAAGCAAGAGGAGCUCCCUGAUGUCAUCACAGCUCUUGAAGACAAAACUGCAAAGAAAGACGAACCAGCAAUGCAAAAAGAUAUCGACAAACAGAAAGCAGAGCAGCAGGAAGAAGAAAUUUCAACAUCUUUGGAUGAACCAUUUGAGAAGGACAUAAAAGAGGUUCCAGUGAUGAAGGAGACAGAAAAAGAAACUCCAUCAGUACCAAAAGAUGAAGGCAAACAAGCAGAAAUAAUCCCUGAUGCUGCUGCGUCUUUAACAGAAGUUCUGCCACCUGCGUCAGCGAGGGAUUCCCUCGUGUCAUCUGGACAAAAAGAUGAAGAUAUUGACGACAAGCUCAAAGACAAAGAACCUAAAGUGCCUGUUCCAGGUAAAUUUCCAGAGAAGGAGAGUCGUUUCCUGGAUGAUGAUGAUGAUGACAAGAAAGAUGACGAUGAUCACGAUGAUAAAUCUGCAGUUAAAACCGUCCAGGCGGAACAGGAGAAAGGAAAGGACGACACCUCCUAUGUCAUACAAAUCAAGGAUGAACAAAAACAGAAAUCUGUCAUCCAAGAAGACGUUUCUGCUAUUACGUCCAUCACAGAUGAGAAAGCAGAGAAAGAGGCAAUAAAGGAUGAUACCUCUGAUAUUAAACCCAUCAAAGAUGAGCAAAUUGCAAAAGACAUUCUCACAACUGAUACAGCCAUAAAAGAUGAACAGAAAGAGCCCGAAAAAGACCAUACUCCUGAGGUCAAAACUACUACAGAAGCAGAGAAGGAAUUUGUUGCUUCUGAGGCCAAAGAUAUUAAAGAUGAGCAGAAGCAGAAAGAUGAUGAUUUUGACCUUAAAACCAAAGGUGAAGUUAAAGAAACUGACCUUAAAAAGGAUGACGUGGCUGAUAGUGAGAUUUCGAAAAUGGAGGAGAGAAAAGAGACAGAGAAGGAUGCUACGAUUGAUGUUAGCCCUAUAAAGACUGAAGAGAAAGAGAUUGAAAAAGUACACGCCACAGAUAUCAAGCAGGACGAUAUGCACAUUACUGAGCCUACUAAAGAUGAGAGGGAAGAAGAGGCAGAAACAUCUGAUAUCAAAGUGAUCGAAGAUAAGAAAGAGGAAAAGGAGAUGGAAAAGAUAGAUGCUUCUGCUACCAAGCCUUUUACAGAUGAGCAGAAGGAAAAGGAGAAAGAGAUGGCUGACAUCACUGUUGCUAAACUCACCAAAGAAGAAGAGGUGAUCAGUAAGGAUGAUACAUCUGCUGUUUCCAUGAAAGAAGAAAAGGGGCAAGAGAUUUGUAAAGAUGUUAUCUCACCCGUCAGCAUCACCACAGUGGAAGAAAAGGACGCACCACUGAGUAAAGAUGAAAUUCUUGCUGACAAGCCAACCACAGAGCAAGAAAAAGAGAAAGAGGCAAGUAAAGAUGAUAGUUUGGACACCAAACUUUCCAAGGAACAGGAACAAGAUACAACAACAAUCAAGGAUGAUGCUUACAUCAAGCCUACGAUAGCAGAAGACAAGAAGGAAGACAUAAGUAAAGAUGAUACUGCUGCUAUUAAACUUACCAAGGCAGAGGACAAAGAUAAGCUGCCAAGUACUGAAGAUACAUCUGCUGUUAAACCAACACUUGGAGAAGAAAAGGAACAAAAGGAAAGUAAAGAGGAUACUGCUGCUAUCAAAAUUACCAAAAUGGAGGAAGAACAUGUAAAAGUAUGUAAAGAUGAAGAUUUCUCUGCUGCAUCAACCAAGGUAGAGGCAAAAGAGACACCUAAGGAUGCUGUCAAACCAGUCACAGAGGAAGAAAAGGGGCAAGAUAUAAGCAAAGAUAUCAUAUCUACCAUCAAACCUGCCAAGACGGAGGAACAGGAUGUAAUGAGGAGCGAAGAUAUUUCGGCUGUCAAAACAUCCAAAGACGAAUCUGUUGCUAAACCCACCACAGAAGACGAAAAGGAGAAAGAAACCAGUAAAGAUGUUUGUGCUGACAAAUCAACGAUAGAAGAAGUAAAGGAGAAAGAAACCAGCAAAGAUAUUUCUGCUGACAAAUCAAUGAUAGAAGAAGUAAAGGAGAAAGAAGAGAAAGAAACCAGCAAAGAUAUUUCUGCUGACAAAUCAAUGAUAGAACAAGAAAAGGAGAAAGACACCAGUAAAGAUACCUCUGCUGACAAAUCAGUGAUAGAAGAAGAAAAGGAGAAAGCAGUGGAUAAGGAGGAAACCUCCACUGAGAAAUCAUCCAAGGAGGAAGAUGUUUCAGAUCAGGAUCAUGGUGUUGUUAUCAAACCCAUUAAGGAAGAAAAAGAUACAGUAGUAAUUAAGGAUGACAUUUCUGCCAAGCAGGAGGAAAGCAAAGACACUCCUGGUGUAAAACCCCCUGCAGAUGAGGAGAAGAAGGUAGAGUUGAAAGAUGUUACAUCUGAUGUAAAACUCACCAAGGAAGAGGCGAAAGAAAUCCCAAAGGCUGAAAUUUCUGAAAAAGAAAUUACAGUCAAAGAGGAAGAAAGGGAAAAAGAGAAAGAAAAAAGUUCUGAUUUUGUGUCUGUCAAGGAGCAGAAAGAUGAUACUUCUGUCAAAACUAUUGAAGAUGACAAAGAUGUGGAAAAAAGUGACAUAAUUGACAAACAGAUAAAAAUGCAGGAGGCUAAAGAGCAGGAGGAGGCCGAUGUCUCUGCUGACAAACCAAUUUUGGAGGAAAUAAAGGAUAAAGAAACUGAAAAAGACGACACAAAAAAAGAAAAAGAAACAGAUUCCACUGUUGAGCAACCCAAGGACACAAAAGAGCAAGAGCCAGCUAAAGUUGAAACCAUCGAGGUCAAAGUCAAACAGGACACUUGUGAAGCUGAAUCCAUCAAACAGGAGGCAGAGAAGGAGAUACACUCUCCAUCAUUUACCGCCAAAGAUGAGAAAAAAGGGAAAGAUGAUUAUCCUUUUGAGCCUGAAUCUAAGAAGGAAGAUAAAAAAGAUAUAGAUCUCCCCAUGUCUCAGACCUUGGACGAGGAGAAAACUAAAAAGGAUGAUAUUUGUGGCGUUGGUGAUAAGCAUAUACAUGAAGAAACCUCUGAUAAGCUCACUGAAACUCAGAAAGAGAAGGAAACUUCUGGCGCUACAUCAGUUGAAAAGCAGCAAGACAUUUCUGUAACUACUUCAAGUGAAGACCUGAAACCAGUGAAAGAUGACAUUUGUGUGUCUCCCGGCCACAUCCAGGAGGAGAAAAAGGAGCAAGAUAAAGAAGCAAAAGUCAUUAGUAGUCAAGAAGAGAAGAUGGAGAAAGAGAAAGACGAUGCACAUGUUGCUGAACUGAGCAAAGAGAAGAAAAUGGAAAAGGAGCAGGAAAAAGAAUACACCUACGACACUGAUGACACCAAAGAAGAAAAGACAAAACCAGAAGAGGAUGAAAAGAUGAUGAAAGAAAAGGAUGUUGGAGACAAGAAGAUAGAUGACAUUACUGAGAAAGACUCCGAUGCAGACCACACCAAAGAGGAGAAAUGGGAGAGAGAAGAGUUACAGGAGAAAGACCUGGACAAAACCAGUAAACAGCCCACACAGACACUAUCAGGAGACGCAGCGAUGGCAUCCAAGUCAGAUUACAAACCCGCAUUUGUGGUUCAGUCCUCCGAUGAAGACAGAGGAGAUGAAGAGGAGGAGGACAUUUGUAUGGGAGGAGCAGGCUCAAGACCUUUGUCCGUGGAGCCAAGAAAAUCCGAACAUGACAUCUCGUCUGCAGGCUUGCCCUCAUCCCCAAAACCACCGGCAAGUGACCAGACUAAACCGCCAAUAUCAGAGCAGAGUACAGUGAUCAUACCAACACUUACAAUGCAGGAGCCCUCUAUUGAUGAAGACAUCAAAGACUUUGACAAAGAAGAAUCCAGACUUUCACCUGAAGUCAGUAAAGAUGUCAUGAAAACAGAAACCACAGCUGCGCCACUUGCCAAGCCAGAGCCCUCUUUUGAUAUUGUCACAUCAAAGGAGGAGACUACCACUAUUCCAAAACAAGAAACAGCCUCUGAUGUCACAGCAGCUAAAGCUGAAUCAGUCUCAGAUUCAGCUGAGAAAAAGCCUGUGUUGUCAACGGUAUCAAGCACUGACAGUCAACCCAGGAGCUCUACACUCUCAAGCACUGAGAGUCAGUCCAGUGUGGAGGAAAUGCCACAACAAGAGAAACAGAUACCAACAAGCUCAGUGGUGAGUGCUGCAGAGAAAACAAAGCUGGAGGAGAAGCCAGGAAAGGAAGCAGAGAGGGAGAUGGAAGGAGAACGAGAGGUGGCUUCUCCAGGAUUAUCACAGCCUUGUUCAUAUUUUAUGUUGGAUUCUGAAGACGCCAGCCAAACUGAAGUUGUAAAAUCAGACACUACAAAAAUGACCUCAGAGAAGGAAACGGCCAGUGGAAGCCUCGGAGAUGAACAGCAAACCUUUUGUGCGUCCAAGUAUGAUCCGUAUGAAAAGCCCAUUCCAAAAGAUCAUGACUUGGACUCUCAGGAAGAAAGCGAGGUUUCUCUAGGUUUCGAUCACGCCUCUGAUAUUGCAAUUGAUGAUAACAGAAGAACAAGCCAGACAGAGGCUGGAGGAGCAAUGUUCCUCCUGGAUGAUCAGUACAAAGAAGAGCCUCUGUCCUUCAGCAGAGUGGACUACAGCCCGGUGUCCCUCACAGAGAGUGAGAGAAGUAGCCACCAAAGUCAAAGUGCCUCGCCUAAAUAUGAAGACAGAGAGAAAGGCCAAGAGGAAGAGAGUGAAAGAGAAGAAAGACCAGAUACACCUUAUGUUGACAAGAGCUUUUCAUCCGCAGACAUGCAAGAUAACAAAAUGUCCCAGGCUGCUGAGUCUUAUUCUUUCAGUCCCAAAGAGGACAAACCUGAGAAAUCCGAGAAAGAGAAAGAGGACAUGAUGGAAGGUGCUGCAGCAGCAGCAGCUUUUCAACCAGGAGCAACAGGAGUAAGUGAUACAGUUUCCAGCAGUGCUGCUGUUCAAUCAGCCGGCGUAUCAUCGAGACAAGAAACACCCUCUCCCUCAUGGAGCCAAUCAGAUCUUGGUACCCAGGUUUCACCUACUCCCACGGCUUUUGCAGAAUUCACAGAAAAGAGAACAACUGAAAAAGAGAAAGAAAAAUCUGAGUCACUCAAAGACAAAAUUGAUUCCUCUGAUCAUGACAGAGAGGGAUCUCCAUCUGGUCGGCAUUCACCUGCAGAAAAAGACAUUUUACUUCAACAAGCAUCACCUUUGGAGAAAGAAGAAACUUCAAGUGAUUCAAGGCCUGCAUCUGCUGCCACAUUUUCAGGACACGAAAUAGACGAUAAUGUUUUGGCAUCUGACAAUAGUCAAAUUAGCAGCUCUGCCUCUUGUAAAUCAAUGUUAGACCUUCCAGAUGGAAAAGAGAGCCUGAUAGACAAAAGGUUACUUGUAGAGGGGGAAGAUUUCAACGUUGAUGAUGAUGAAGACGACGAUGAGGACGAGGAGGAGGAAGAAGAGGAGGAGUUAAGUGAUGUAGAUAUGGAAAAGGGUGCCAGAGAACAAUCUGAAAAAGAAAUGUGUAGACGUAGCUCUGGGGAUAGUGCCACAUUAGCAGAGGCAGAGGACUCAAAUAAAAAGUCUCAGUUGCCUGAAUCAAGUUUCCUUAAAGAGGAAACAAUCGGUAGAGCAACACCUGAUGAUGCCUCGGCUUCAGACAAGCAGGACUUGACUAAAAAACCACCAUCCCCAGAAACAAAACCACCAUCCCCAGAAACAAAACCACCAUCUCCAGAAACAAAAUCACCAUCUCCAGAAACAAAAUCACCAUCUCCAGAAACAGAACCACUCAAAGAAGAUACAGCCACAUCCAAACUUCCUGAGACAAAGAGUGAAGAUGUAGGUAAAACAACUCCGCCCCCAGACUUAAGCGCUCAAAGAAUGGAUGAAAAGAGUUUCACUACAUUAGAUGCUCCAAAACUUCCUGAAACAAAGGAAGCAGAGGACACAGACAAGAAGCAUCUAUCUCCUGAACCAACCACAAAGAGAAGGUUGUCUUCAGCCGAGGAUUUUCCACCUCAUGAAGACCUGCCGUCAAAAAAAGGAGACAAAGGGUCUCUAUCUCCAAGCUUUUUGACAAAGGAAACGUGUCAACCAACAUCCACAAGCAGCGUGACGGGCAGCUUUUUGCCAUCUGAACAUUCAGAAUCCGUGUCCAAGACUACAUCUAGUCCCUCCCCUCCUCUAAGCAGUAGCUAUGCCGACAUCGGACAGAGUAGAUCUGAAGGUUAUUCCGAGCAUUUCUACAGUGAGGAGAGUCAAGUAGGAUUGAAGGACGAUAAGAAAGAAACCUCUGUGCUCUCAGAUGCCUCCGGGCUGUCCAAGCGAGGCGAUGAUAAAUAUUACAGCCAAAGAGACACCCAAGAAGUAAGUCUAGAUGAGAGGCAGACCCUAGAUAUCACCACAAAACAUGAAACUGCCUCAUCACCUUGCACAUACACCACCUUAACAUACUCUUCUUCAACAUACUCCUCCACAUCAUAUAGUUACUCAUCCUCAUCGUCAACAUUUGCUCCUUUGAGCCAAAAGUUUGAAGAAAAAGCCCAAACUUUCACAACGCCACCAAGCUCUACAGUACCUCUAGCCAAAGAGGAGUCGUCGUUUACAACAGAGUCUACAAGCUCCUGCUUUGGAGGGUUUCAGAGAGAUGAGUACAUGGAGGUUACAGCGAAACCUGCAACAAAGGUGACCUUACCCAGCCAGUUUGAUGAGACCAAACCAUCCUCUUCAGUGUUCUCUACCACUGCCAAACAAACUGAGGAUCAAAGCAGCUCUGCAAAGCCUGAAAUGGCAACAAAGUCAAGCACUGAUAGUUUUCAUAUGCUAGAAACUAAGAUUACAACAUCUUCCGCAGCGCCAUCUUCACAAAGUGUCGAACCAGUAAAGGUGUUAGAGAGUUUAUCCACAUCAGAGGCUCACUUUGAUGUCUCUCCCCUCCAAAGGGCUGACUCCUCUGACAAGGUGUCCCAAGAGUCAUCGGAAGAUGAGGAGCCUGUUACACUUGAAAUGGAUGACAGCACUCUACCAUGUCGUAUUGAAUGUCAAAAAAUCAAAGUGUCUGAGCAAAAGGAGACUUUUUCAUCAAUAACUGAGUCAUAUGUGGUUGAAAGUACCACACAGUCCGCAGAGACGAAAACAGUCACCAUCACCUCUACUACUGUUGUGUCUAAACCUGAUGUGGUGAUGGAAACAACUCAACAGACAGCCUCACUUACUUCACUGAGUGAUUGUGGAGCUAGCAAAACCACAUGUGCCACAACAGACGUGUCCAAAACAGAGAAAGAGAAAAUGGAUAAAACAAUGGGAGUAAAAGAGGAAAAGACAGAUGGAGCUAUUUCACCUUUGAAGGAGGAUGCAAAGGCUUCAGGAAAAGAUGAAAGGACAGAGAUGGCUAAAGACAGUGAAGUCAAGCAGAAAGCAGAGGAAAAGAAACAGGAGGAAAAGAUGUGUAAAGACAGCACAGAGGAGAAAAAGGCAACAGCUGAUCCAAAGAUGUGUGAAAAAGCAGAGGAUGGUAAGAAAGGAGAGGCAGAAAAAGUGGAGGAGAAAAGCUUUUUGGACAAACCACCAGAGAGAUUAGAAACCAGGAGAAGGAGCAGCAUAUCUGACUGGGAGCUACUACAGAGGCCUGAAGACUGCCCAAGUGCCCCUCCUCCAGGUUAUGGGGAUGAUGAUGAUGAGGAGGAAGAGGAAGCAAUGGAAGCAAUGGAAUGGAUGGCCAGUGUCCACAGUACCUCUCACACAGAAACAUCCAGUACAGGAGCCGUGAGGGCUGAUCGUCCCUCUGACUUGAACACCGGCGCCACCUCCUCCUCUGCCUCCCAUCCAGGUUACUCCUCCUGCGAAUACAAACAUCGCAAAGGAGAACUUUCUCCGUCGUUCAUCAACCCGAGCCCUCAUCAGCUCUCCAGCGACGAGGGGGAAGGCGAGGAGGACGCUGGCAGUGACCACUCCCAGGAAGGGGAUGAGGAUGAUCAGGAGCAACACUCUGUGAAAUGGAGGUCCCACAAGCAGAGGCGCCACCACGCUCAGAGUUACCAUGGAGACGCUGGACAAGGGCCACAACAGCAGCCCGGCGCCAUGUCAUCUGGCUUGGCUGUGACGUUAGCUGGAGAGGAAACACCGCCGACAUCAGUGAGCGAGUCGUUGCCGUCACAGUCUGAUUCUGAUGUCCCUCCAGAAACCGAGGAGUGUCCGUCUAUAACAGCUGAAGGAAAUCUGGACUCAGACGAAGACGCUGAACAUCUGCCAGUCGACAAAUUAUCUGGAACUGGGGGUGGUCACCAUCCUCCAUCACCAAGGUCAGCUCAAAAGACUCAUGACCCCCUACCUACUCCAAUGAAGGACCCGCAUCCCCACCCUCCACACCCAGAUGUGUGCAUGGUAGAUCCAGAGGCGCUUCCCAAUGACCACAGCAGCACAGAGAAACUUCUGAAAAAGGAGCACAAGACCACCAAGGGGCUCAGAAAGGGCAAGCCCAAGUCAGCCUCUCCCGCUCGUAAGGGGGAAGUCAGGAAAAGGUCCUCUACUCCAGUGAAGCAGACUUCUAAAGACUCUGCCUCACCUCGAUCAGCUUCCCUCAGGAGGAAGGACCCAGACAGAAGCUCCAGGCUGAUCAAGAUGUCUGAGACCCAAGGCUCCAGGAGUGAGCUGCUCAACCCAGCAAAGGCCUUGGUCAACGGUGUCAAGAGCAGUUCAGGUAACAACUCCCAGAAAACUAGCUCGGCCGUCCCCCCUGGACCACCCAUCUAUGUCGACCUUGCCUAUGUGCCCAACCACUGCAGUGCCAAGAAUGUGGACCAGGAAUUCUUCAAGAGAGUGCGAGCUGCAUACUAUGUGGUGAGCGGGAACGACCCUGGCAGCGGAGAGCCCAGCCGUGGAGUUCUGGACGCCCUGCUGGAGGGCAAAGCUCAGUGGGGCUCCAAUUUACAGGUCACUCUGAUCCCAACCCACGACACUGAGGUGACUCGGGACUGGUACCAGCAGACCCACGAGAGGCAGCAGGACCUGAACAUCAUGGUUCUGGCCUCCAGCAGUACCGUAGUCAUGCAGGACGAGUCCUUCCCUGCCUGCAAGAUCGAGUUCUGAGCUACACGAGCCCCGCUGUGCUUCCCCUGCCCCUCCCAUCCUCCCUGUCCCUGUCAUCUGUUCUUACUGGAGGUAGAGCGAGAGCUAACAGCACUCUCUGCUCCUUCAAGGCUUCUCGCUCUCUCAUGGUACCAGUCUCAAAACGCAUCUGCUGCAGCUCUCGAUACUCUAGAUUCUGUUAGUUGAAGUCAAAGUCAAAACUCUGGGUUUAUGCUCUCUGUGACAGUGGGGUUAUCACGCAAAUAAUAAUGUACUUUUAUGUUUGUUUUCUUCUGUGAGUUAACAGUCUGCCCAAACACACCUCUUAUACUAGCACUAACAAUCGUGGUUACAAAAUGUAAAACAUUUACUAGCAUAAUAAUGCUUUUGCCUCAUAUCUAACAGAUAAAUGGACAUUAUUAUCCCACAAAUGCAUAAUGCCACAGUUAAACUAUAGAAUAAUAGGGUGUAGAUCUUAAACUGUGUGGCUCAAAUCUCAAUUAAUUUGGAAAUGUGAUACUCCCAAGAGGCAAAUCUCUCACCUAAAAGAAGUGCCAAAACACUGCAAAACAGUUCUCAUUAGUUAACUCCUCCAAAACAUCUCCUAAAAUCAAAAAGUGAUCAAUAAUUUUAGACUGUGUGCACAGUGUCUUUAGAAGAUUAGACAUUUUUUCAGUUUAUUUUCCAUCUGUGCACAUAACAAACUCAUCUGUUGCAAUUCUGAUCACGCUACAGUAGUUUUUGGAUUAACUCAAUAACGACAUAAAUUGAUGUUAUGUAAAAGACAAAAAAAAAAAAAUUUAAAUUACGUCGUCAUUUGUGGUGAGGUUUUAGGAGGUGCCUGAAGUUGCCACUGUUUGAAAUCUUUCUUCUCGGCUUUCACAGCUUAGCUGGUGCAUGAUGCUUGCGUUUUAGCUCGGACUCUUUCAGAACUGCGUAGGGUUAAUCCUUCCUUUAGCCAGCCUUCAAGUGUGGAAUGCAGUAUAGUGUAGAUAAGUUACUACACUGUUUGGCUGUCGAUGCUAAAGUGAACUCAGUAGGCGCCAGGCACAAAGGAUGAUGUCUGUACACUAAUCAUAUCUCUGCUGGAUGUAAUGGUUCCUCUCUAAGUCUUUAUCAUGCUCUUUGUUGGUUGUAUGUACUACAGUAUACACAUAGGGUAAAUGUUUCUAUAUCAAUACAGAGGUUAUGUUAAAUAAAUUAUAUAUUUUGUGAUGAUGCAGCAAACUAUGAGGCAAAUGCAACGUUUUUGGUCAUGCGUUUGAGAAGAAGGUUUAAUUAACAUUAUCUGUCAUUUCCUCCUGUUCAGCUACAUUUUACUGUCUCUGUCAAUAUCACAAAGUGAUGGGAGAAUAAAAAAAAACAAAAAAACAAGCAGUGACCUGUGACAAAUGUAGCAAUGGAAGCUUGUGCGCUUGUCCCUUUGGAGGGAGUGUUACGCCAGUGGAAACUGCAAUAUUUAUAUUUAUUAUUGGGGUUAUUUUUCAGGACAAAAAAAGUGUGAAGUGUGUUACAGGAGGCUUCUUUCAUGUGCCUUUUAGCUUGUGGUUUUGGAGUUUUGGAGAGAGGGGAAUGUUUUAAGGACAUGUCAGCCAAUUUAAAGCGCAACCAGAAACCAGGGUAAAACAAAGAAACCAAGUACUUUGAAGCAGAGGACCAAUCAGUUCACACAGUACACGCACAAACUUUAGCCACACCCAGGACGCUCUGAAACACUACACUAAAUAUCUUUGGAGCUCUGAAAUCCGAUUCAGCAUUAAUCCACAUUCUGAGAUGCCACUUUUAAACAAAUAUGAAUGUCUCUGAGCAAAGUGUUACACCAAAUAGGAAUGUACUUUUCUGAGAGUUUAAGAGUCGGAUUUUUGUCUGUAGUUGAAGCACAGAGAGAGAGUGUGGUAGCAGAAAAUAACUGUUCACUGUAUUAUGAAAUUUUCUACAAGAUGUUUCUCAAAAAAACUGAGCUUGCUGUCAAACACGGGACGACACUUUAAUUAUAAAGCAAUUACCUACUAUUAAUCCCAGAGUAAUAUUUAAAGAAUGAGCAUGAAUGUGAUGAUUAUGAUUGUACAGGACGAAGAUAUAAAGUAGGAAUAUCUUUGAAGUAGUGUUGUGUGUGUGUGUGUGAGUAUACACACCGAGUAGCUGUUUUUGUAACGCAGCAUGGUGCUGAGGCGAGUGACUUCUGUGGGUUCAGUACGAAAGGUCUUUCUGCUUGUUCACAGACUGAUUGGAGAGUCGCUCAUGUGCUGACGUAGAACAUGAGGCCAAGUUUUAUUUCUUCAUUUGUAUGUGAAUUUUUAGAGUAACAAAUUUACAUUUUCCAAAUUUGUGCCAAGACGCAAAUUUGAUUAGUUUUUAAAUUUCAUUUUCGUCUAAAUAAGAAAUACAUUUCUGCCAAGUCGGCUCAUCACAUGAUUUUUAUUUUUGUUUUGUGAGGAUUGAUAUGAAGCGAGGGGACAGGCCAGGCUGGGCGAUAGAGGAGAGGAGGCUUGGGUUUCCUGAAAGGACUUUGUUUGAGCUUUUGACGACACAUUGAUUGUCAGGAUGUUGCCAACUAAAAGCAGGGAGGAUCCUCUGCUUGCACAUAUUAACUAUUCCCUCAACCUGAUUCAAAAAUAUGGGACAACCCCCACAGAAGGCUAGAGCAUGCUGUCAGCUGAUGCUAGCCUGGGACCAGUGCCAUUUUCUUUCCCUGUAAAACUCAUAAAGCUCA